AUGGAGACCAUGGGGAAGCUCAUCCAGAUGAAGGUCCUCAUCUCCGGCCUGCGGGGUUUAGGAGUCGAGGUCGCCAAGAACCUCAUCCUCGCCGGACCUGCUAUGGUGAUCCUGCAUGAUGAUUCGAUUGCUGAGCAGCGGGACUUGGGUGCCAACUUCUACCUGACAGAGCAGGAUGUGGGCAGUCGGACACGGGCCGAGGCAAGCCUCAAGCAGCUGUCCGAGCUCAAUCCUUACGUUUCGGUGCGGACGCAUCAGGGGCCGCUGACCGAGGAGCUCUUGUCAGGGGUCUCCCUGGUCGUCUUUUCCGAGACGAGCCAGUCGGAGCUGUUGAGGUGGAAUGAAGUUUGCCGGACUCGAAAUCCACCUGUUGGCUUCAUCGCCGCGGACUGUUUUGGGCUUGCCUCCUCGGUUUUUGUCGACUUUGGGGAGUCGUUCACAUGCCGGGACAAGGACGGCGAAGAGCCACGAAGCGCUAUAGUCUCCGGUGUCACGCUCGAGAGCCCCGGCACGGUGCACACACACCAGGACCGUCGUCAUGGCUUCAACGAUGGCGACUGGGUUGUUUUCCGGGAGGUCCAAGGCAUGACGCAGCUCAACGAUGGCAAGCCCAGGCAAAUCAAGGUCACAGGAACACCAUCCGGGCUGAGGGUUGAUGUGCCUGGGUUUGACGACAUGGGGUCCUUUUAUAUGGAGCUGUCCGGGAGAAGUGCACUUGGACAUAAGGUCCAGUUCGUUGCAAUCCAUGGGACGCCUGCGAUUUUCCGAAUUCCUGCACAUCCCCGCACACCUUCAUGCUGGAUCCCAGCUCUACAAGGCCUUGUUCAGCUGUGUUGGACUUUUGUAACGUUAAGCCCUCGACGUACAGCUAUGACGGGAGUUGAAGAGUAUUCCAACGCCUUCAGCUUGCAGGGAAAGAGGCGGUUUAGGAGGGGUUGCCGCGUGUAUCCUUACACGGAACAUCGAGAGGCACCCUAA